UUUUUUAGGGUUUAAAUGACUCCAAAACCCAAACCUGUCUGUCUGUCUCUCCCGCUAUCGGAAAUAGUAGGUUUUGUAUGCCAAGGGUGGCGGGUUUUUUUUCUCAUCAUGCAUGCUGUAAAGGGUGGCUGGGUUGGCCAAACAUUUGCUUUAGCCAAGUGCAAUGAUUCUGGAGGGAAGAAGUCUCGGAUUCGGAGGUCGAAGGAGGAGAGGAAGGGAAUGGUGGAGUCCUUUAUAAAGACAUACCAGAAUUUAAACAAUGGGCAUUUUCCAUCUCUUAAUCUCACACACAAGGAAGUUGGUGGGUCGUUUUAUACUGUACGGGAGAUUGUUCGGGAGAUAAUCCAAGAAAAUAGAGUGCUGGGUCCUGGUAAGUUGUCGCCGGAAGAGCAGCAUAAUGUUCAGUUUGUGGAGCAGUACCCGUUGGGUACAAUUUCCACAGAACCUCAAGCUUCUCUAUCCACAUCUCCAACUGGAAGUCCUGUACCAGAUCAGCAUGAUGAGGGCUCAAGUGAAGAGCAUUUAAUUUCUGAGCUACAGGUUGAACCUGAACAGCAGGGAUUCGAUAAUGGGAGUCAUGUAAUUGUUAAGAAUGAAGAAGCCGAUAAACCAGAAGUUGUAGAGGUUCAAGAAACUGAACCUCUGGAAAUAGAGAAAAGAAUGGAAGAAGUGGCAGCAUCUGAUUCCAAAUUAACUCAAAUGGCAGAUGUAAUGGUAGAGACAUUUCCAUUGCCGCCUGUUACCAAGCCAGCUGGAAACUUGAAUGGAAAUUGCAGUAAUGUCAGGGAGAAGAAUGGGACUUGUGAAGAGAAAAAUGUUGAAAAUGUGCUCUUGGAACCAGAACAUGACCCAGGAAAUGGCAUUUCUUUGCCUGACAGAAUAACUUCCUUGACUGAUAGCAGUUUGGCAGAUGAUAAAGAAGUGGAUAAGUCAGCAGUUCAAUUGUUGGAACAAAGCUCUGAUAUGGUGCGUGAACAAGCAGUGGAAAACUUUGCAGAUCUGGCAAUGGCAAGUUCGCAUGCAUCUGUCACCAAAGGAAGCAUUUUGGAGGAUGCUGAGGCUGACAUGGAUGUGAAGUUGAAGUCACCACAUGAUAACAAGACAAUUGCUGAAACCAAGGUUGCUAGUGCCCAAAAUGCCAUGCAAACCAAAUCUUUGGAUGGCAAUCACGUCACUGUCAGUAUCUGUCCGUCAAUAGCCAAAGAAAUUGAGAUAAAAGAUAAAGCUGCAGUUCUACAUAGUCGUGCCUCUCAGAAAGGAAACAGUCCAACACUAAAUAGAAUUAAUCUUGAAUCGUGGGAAGCGGCAUCCAAGAAUCAAACAAAACCAGAAACUAACCCGCUUUGGGCCAUUUUUAAAUCGUUCUUGGCUGCCUUUGUGAAAUUUUGGUCAGAAUGAAUCCUUUAGUAGCGUAGUUAUAUUCUGUCUGCAGUUUCUGCAGGGUGGAUUUAUACUUUACCUGUCACGCCAGUGCAUCAAGUUUUCCUGUCUAUAUCAAGAGUGAUUGUCACUGCUUGUUUUCUUCCCCUUCAUUUUUUUUUUCCCUUCACCCCCUUCACUAGACCAUUAUGAUCAUAAAAGCUUAUUGCAAUGGUUGGCAUCCCACUUAAGGGUUACUU